AUGCUAGCUCACCGCGCUGCGAUCAGACAUUUCACUACGAGCCUGCCCCGAUGCAACACCGCAAGACCCCCGCCAUCCUACUUUACCCAUGAUUCCGGCCACCACGCUGCACAGACGCCGUCUUCCGGGCCCGGCAACCGGUCAAGAUCGCUAACAGACAUCGCAAUGGUCAUUGCCGUCGGCACACUGUGCUUCCUGGCCAUUGACAACUACCGAGCACGCUGCGAGCUGCAGGCCCAGGUCGAACAGGACCGCAUCAAGCUCGCAGAGACACAGGAGUUUCUGACCAGACAGACCAACGCUGCGCGGAAGAAAAGAGAGCUACAGAUACUCAACGAGAGAAAGACCACCAAGAUGCGGGAGAUGAAGCUCGCCUUGCACGUCGCGAUGCUGCGAGCACAACUACAAGACCACGGCAUCGAGCCGCGAUCCAUCGACGACUGCGUGCACGAGUACGCCCGCUCCGUCAAGAUGGACAACAGCAUUAGCAACGUCAGCGGAACUGCCCUAUGGAUCAACGACGACAAUUCGUUGAAAGGCCUUAUACCUAGCCCGAAAGAGUACGAGGAGCGCGGCCGCUGA